GAUUCUAUGCUAAUGAGGCCCGGUCAGUGUGUACUGGGGCAGGCUAGCGCUCACAGGGCAGCGCGCCGAGUGCAGGACGUACCCGGGGCCCGGAGUCACACAGGGGAGCCGGACUGGCGCUCGACGGAGACACGCGGGAUUACUAGAGCACUACACCGGAGCGGACCGAGUUCACCGAACCGGCCGGAGCUUCGUUCCCUUCCCAGCCAGGCCUCCGGGGAGAGAGAGCCGGCGGCAUGGAUCCUCCAGCCGGGGGAGGCGGCUAUGGAGGUGCACCUCCUGCUCCCACCAAGAGCACCAAGGAGAAGAAGAAAAUGAAGAACCCGGAGGACGGAGGAGGCGAAAAGUCCAAGAAAUUUACAUUUAAGCGUCUCAUGGUAGAUGAGCUGGAACGAUUCACAAGCAUAAGGAUAAAAAAGGAGAAGGAGAAGGAGAAGCCUUACAUGUCCCACAGGAACUCUGCAAACUACACCGACAGUCCUCUGCAGAUCCUGCAGGAACUCAAUGAUGAAACUGUGCUGGAAUUGUUUGAACAGAUGCUGAAUGACAUGAACCUCAAUGAGGAGAAACAGCAGCCCUUACGGGGGAAAGACAUCACAAUAAAACGAGAGAUGGUCUCUCAGUAUCUGCACACUUCAAAAGCGGGUAUGAACAAAAGGGAGAACACAAGGUCUGCGCAAAUGUACAUCCAGGAUCUCAAAUCAGGUUUGGGGGAUGCAAACCUCCUGUCCUGUUUAGAAUCCCUGAGAGUUUCGCUGAACAACAAUCCAGUCAGUUGGGUGCAAAAUUUUGGUGCGGAAGGUCUUGCCUGUCUCCUAGAUAUUCUCAGACGACUACAAGAUGAGCCGUCAUCCCAACGUGAUUUCAAGAGUGAACAUGAAAUCAUAAGAUGUUUGAAAGCGUUUAUGAACAACAACUUUGGAAUAAAGACAGUGUUGGAAGCAGAGGAUGGUGUUUUACUGUUAGCAAAAGCUGUGGAUCCUAUUGUUCCUGUCAUGAUGAUUGAUGCAUUGAAGUUGCUUUCGGCUCUGUGUAUUCUCCCACAACCUGAGGAUAUGCAUGAACGUGUCCUUGGAGCACUCACUGACAGAGCAGAAAUUUAUGAAAUGGAAAGAUUUAAACCUCUUCUGGAUGGGUUGAAAUCUGGCCCAGUUGCGCUUAAGGUGAGCUGUAUGCUCUUAAUCAAUGCCUUGAUCAGCCAAGGAGAAGAGUUGGAUUACCGGGUUCACAUACGCAGCGAAUUGAUGCGUUCAGGACUGAAUCAAUUAGUAAAGGAACUUCAAACUAUUGAGAAUGAUGAACUGAAGGUGCAGCUCAAUGUGUUCCUGGAUCACUGUGAAUAUGAUUCUGAUGACUUGCGCGGUCGUCUGGAAGACAUUAGAGUUGAAAUGGAUGAUGUUCAAGAAGUUUUCCAGGUUCUGCAUAACACUGUAAAAGACUCUGCAGCAGAACAGCUGUUUCUCUCUAUCUUACAGCACCUCUUAUUGAUCAGAAAUGACUAUGAUGCCAGACCGCAGUACUACAAGCUGAUUGAUGAAGUAGUGUCUCAGAUAAUCCUACACAAAAAUGGAGCUGAUCCCGACUUCAAAUGCAAACGUUUAAGCAUUAAUAUUGAAGGCCUAUUAGAUCACUUGAUUGAUAAGAAAAAAGUUGAAGAAAGCGAGUCCAGAUCUCGGGAUUUGGUAAAAAAGCUGGAUGUGGAAAUCACUGCAAGACAUGAGCUCCAGGCAGAAAUAAAAGCCAAAGAAGGCGACUUUGAGCAGAAGUUAUCUGAUCUUCAAGGAGAGAAACAGACCCUGGAUUCUGAGAAGCAGCAGGUUACCACGGAGAAGCAAAAACUGGAGACCGAAGUCUCUCAGCUUUCUGAGUCUGUUGCUAAACUGACAAAGGAGCUUGAAGAUGCAAAAAAAGAAAUGGCCACUAUGUCAGUCUCUACUGUUGUACCAGUUCCUCCUCCAGUCCCAGGAUCGGGUCCCACUCCUCCUCCCCCACCACCACCACCUCCCCUGCCAGGAGGAUUUGGAGGACCUCCCCCACCACCACCUCCUCUCCCUCCUUCCAUGGGAGGACCCCCUCCGGCUCCACCCUUAUGGGGUGGACCUCCACCGCCACCACCAUUUCCACAGGCUUUUGGUGGUGCUGCUCCUCCUCCACCGCCACCACUUCCCGGUGCUUCUGGUAUUCCUCCACCACCACCUCUUCCAGGAGCUCCCCCUCCACCUCCUCUUCCUGGUGGUUUUGGUAUGCCACCACCACCUCCCCCUUUCCCUGGUGGUCCUGGAAUUCCACCACCACCACCACCAGCUUUUGGAGGUCCCCCUCCUCCACCAGGACUUGGAGGCUGGGGUGCACCUGCAGUACCAACUCUCCCCUUUGGAUUGGCACCGAAAAAAGAUUACAAACCAGGUGUGCAAUUGAAACGACCAAACUGGUCAAAGAUUACUCCCAGAGAGCUCUCGGAGAAAUCUUUCUGGACCCAGGCAAAAGAAGACCGAUUUGAGAAAGAUGAGCUGUUUGCAAGAAUAUCCCUCACCUUUUCUGCACAGACCAAGUCUGCUAAAGUGAAGAAAGAGCAAGAUGCCGAUGAUACGAAAGCACCACCAAAGAAAAAGGCAAAAGAAAUCAAAGUAUUGGAUUCAAAGACUGCCCAGAAUCUGUCAAUUUACUUGGGAUCAUAUCGUAUGCCCUAUGAGGAAAUAAAAAAUGUCAUCCUUGAAGUUAAUGAAGAAGUGCUGACAGAAUCUUUGGUCUCAAAUCUAAUUAAGCAGUUGCCAGAUGGUGAUCAACUUCAGAGGUUGGCAGAGCUGAAGGAUGAAUACAAUGAUUUGGCAGAGCCUGAGCAGUUUGGAGUUGUGAUGAGCUCUGUACCCCGCUUAAGACCGCGCCUGAAUGCCAUCCUGUUUAAGCUAGUCUUCAGUGAACAUGUUGAAAACAUCAAGCCAGACAUUGUGUCAGUCACUGCUGCAUGUGAAGAGGUGAAAAAGAGCAAAAGCUUUGCCAGCCUAUUAGAAAUCACACUGCUUGUGGGCAAUUUUAUGAACGCUGGAUCCAGGAAUGCUGGGGCUUUUGGAUUUGACAUUGGCUUCCUCUGCAAGCUUAAAGAUACCAAGUCCGCUGACCAGAAGACUACAUUGUUGCAUUUUCUUGCUGAGAUCUGUGAACAGGACUAUCCUGAUGCUUUACAGUUCCCUGAUGAGAUGGUCCAUGUAGAAAAAGCCAGUAGAGUGUCAGCCGAAACACUGCAGAAGAACUUGGAUCAAAUGAAAAAACAAAUCUCUGAUCUUCAGCGAGACAUUGAAACCUUCCCUCCUUCAAACAACGAGAAGGAUAAGUUUGUGGAGAAAAUGACUAUAUUUGUCAAAGAAGCCCAAGAGCAGUAUACAAAGUUAUGCAUGAUGCACGACAACAUGGUUUCCUCGUUUGAAGAGUUAGGGGGGGUACUUUGUGUUUGACCCCAAGAAGGUCACAAUUGAGGAGUUCUUCCUAGAUAUGCACAACUUCCGAAACAUGUUUAUGCAAGCUGUCAAAGACAAUCAGAAAAAACGUGAAGCUGAAGAGAAACUCAAGCGAGCCAAACUGGCCAAAGAAAAGGCAGAGAAAGAGAAACUGGAGAAACAACAGAAGAAAAAUCAGUUAAUAGACAUGACUGCAGAGGGUGAUGAGACUGGUGUGAUGGACAGUUUGCUAGAAGCCCUGCAGUCC